AAAAUCAAACAUAACUAUUAUAUUCAUUUAAUAAACGUAGUUUUUAAUGUCUUUUUUAUUAUUAUUAUUUACAUUUUAUCAGCUACUAAACACCAAGGAGCAGCAACAUUUGUCAAAAAAGAAAACUAGGACAAAACGGCUGUUUUAAAAUGGAUUUCAUCCUUCUGGUGAGAAAUAAAAACGUUAGGAUUAUUUAAGCUGAUGUGACUAAUAAAACAGUUGGAGGUGUUAACUCUGUCAACUCAGACAACAGAUUGGUUGGUUAUUGACUUGCCUUAAACUCUGUCUGAUGAAUGCUUAACCAUUUGUCGCCAGUUUAGGAAACUGCAAACAAGAUUAGUGCGAGUCAAGGACAUCACCUCAUCAAAAAGUUAAACUGGUAUCAAGCCCUCUUUGCAAGCAGAUUUGCCUCAUAGGACCCGUCUCUUACCAGCUGUUGUGUGUUGAUGAAUCCACUCGUCACACACUCACACUUCUUACAUUAAGGGUGCCCCUAAUCCCUCAUUAAGCCUUUUUAACUAGCCGUCUUAUUCCCGAUAAACAUUCAUUAUUUUGUGAUUGUAAUUCCCCGGUUUGCACAAAUUUGAAUUAAAGUUUUAAAUGUUCACAACUUGGUCAAAACAUCAACAUAAAAGAAAAGAGAAAUCAAAACUUCCAGAAAAGCUGUGACAUUUGUAAUGAACUUAAAAAUGUAAGAAAAAUAUGUUUCAUGUUAAAUAUGUAAAUAAUGACCUUAUUGGUUAUUGCAGACAGCUUCAUGAGCAGCUUCUGUUCAGAUAAAUAGUUUAAACCCUUUAGGACUGACGAGCUAACGGCUAGGUACGCGAUCCUUCUGACUGUGGUUCUAAACCGCACACGUAUGUAACAUUUAUGUCAGACGUGACCAAUGUCAUAUAUGAGUGCAGGGGUGGUGGGAUCACAUGCACAACAAGCUUAGCUUCACAGCUUUGGUGGUUCAGAUCACACACAUGCUAACAUGUAGCAUCCAUAUUUACUUACCAUAAAUGCAACACACAACAUCACACCUUCUGCACAUGCAGACUUCAGGAGUCUGAUGGUGGUCGCAUUUAAAUUAAAAUAAUUUCUGAGUGGAAAUAGCGGCGGUUAGAGGAAGCUUUCCUUUAGGGAUUACUUUCUGGAGGUUUUUAUUGCUUCAGUAGAAAUCACCCUGCAGUAUGAACGGGUAAUUGUGUGUGUGUGUGUGUGUGUGCGUGCGUGCGUGCGUGCGUGCGUGAGUGAGUGAGUGAUACAUUUUUUUUCUUUACUAGAGUCUUGGGGAGCUGGUGUUUAGCUCCAGCAGUCAUCUGGCAAGGGACAGGGACACACUAACUAAUGACCAUCCAUCAGAGACAAAUUAGACAUACAACCCGUCCUAGGGACAAUUAAGAGUUUCCAUUUCACCUGACACGUCUGCUUUUCUUCUGUUAGAGCAAAACCAUUGAAAACCAUUUUAUGCAUGUAGAGAACAUGCUAACUCCACACAUGCAUGUAGAGAACAUGCUAACUCAACACAUGCAUGUAAAGAACAUGCUAACUCCACACACACACAUGUAGAGAACAUGCUAACUCCACACACGCAUGUAGAGAACAUGCUAACUCCACACACGCAUGUAGAGAACAUGCUAACUCCACACACGCAUGUAGAGAACAUGCUAACUCAACGCAUGUAUAAAUAAAACAUGCUAACUCAUCACAUGCAUAAAUAGAACAUGCUAACUCAACACAUGCAUGUGGAGAACAUGCUAACUCCACAAAUGCAUGUAGAGAACAUGCUAACUCAACACAUGCAUGUGGAGAACAUGCUAACUCCACAAAUCCAUGUAGAGAACAUGCAAACUCAACACACGCAUGUAAAGAACAUGCUAACUCCACACACGCAUGUAGAGGACAUGCUAACUCUACACACGCAUGAAGAGAACAUGCUAACUCCACACACGCAUGAAGAGAACAUGCUAACUCCACACACGCAUGAAGAGAACAUGCUAACUCCACGCACGCAUGUAGAGAGCAUGCUAACUCCACGCACGCAUGUAGAGAGCAUGCUAACUCCACGCACGCAUGUAGAGAACAUGCUAACUCCACACACGCAUGUAGAGAACAUGCUAACUCCACACCCGCAUGUAGAGAACAUGCUAACUCCACACCCGCAUGUAGAGAACAUGCUAACUCCACACACGCAUGAAGAGAACAUGCUAACUCCACACACGCAUGUAGAGAACAUGCUAACUCAACGCACGUAUAAAUAAAACAUGCUAACUCAUCACAUGCAUAAAUAGAACAUGCUAACUCAACACAUGCAUGUGGAGAACAUGCUAACUCCACAAAUGCAUGUAGAGAACAUGCUAACUCAACACAGGCAUUUGGAGAACAUGCUAACUCCACAAAUCCAUGUAGAGAACAUGCAAACUCAACACACGCAUGUAAAGAACAUGCUAACUCCACACACGCAUGUAGAGGACAUGCUAACUCUACACACGCAUGAAGAGAACAUGCUAACUCCACACACGCAUGAAGAGAACAUGCUAACUCCACACACGCAUGAAGAGAACAUGCUAACUCCACGCACGCAUGUAGAGAGCAUGCUAACUCCACGCACGCAUGUAGAGAGCAUGCUAACUCCACACACGCAUGUAGAGAGCAUGCUAACUCCACACACGCAUGUAGAGAACAUGCUAACUCCACGCACGCAUGUAGAGAGCAUGCUAACUCCACGCACGCAUGAAGAGAACAUGCUAACUCCACGCACGCAUGUAGAGAACAUGCUAACUCCACACACGCAUGUAGAGAACAUGCUAACUCCACACACGCAUGUAGAGAACAUGCUAACUUCACACCCGCAUGUAGAGAACAUGCUAACUCAACGCACGCAUGUAGAGAACAUGCAAACUCAAUGCUCGCAUAAAUAAAACAUGUUAACUCAACCCAUGCAGGGAGAGAACAUGUUAACUCAACCCAUACAGGGAGAGAACAUGUUAACUCCACACAUGCAUGUAGAGAACAUGUUAACUCCACACAUGCAUGUAGAGAACAUGUUAACUCAACACAUGCAUGUAGAGAACAUGCUAAAGCCACACCUGCAUAAGGAGAAUAUGCUAACUUCACACAUAUGUUUUUAAUAUUACUGUGGACAAUAACUAUAAAUGUGAAAGUGGCUUGAAGAUUGCUGGGGACAAUUAUUAAUUUUUAUUUACAUAUAAGUAAUUGUUAGACUUUUUAUUAGGUUUAUUUAUUAACUUACUUGUUGUUUACCAGCAAUUAUAAAAUGCAGUUCAGCAGAGUUGUUAUUAAUGACAUGAAAUGAAGCAUUAAUGAAGGUUAUUUUUAUACAGAUUUUAAAAUUUUGUGCCUUUGCUGUUUGCACUGUAGCUUUGCUGAAAUAAAGUAUAAUAUAAAUUAAUAUAAACAAAAAGAACAAAAUGUUUAAGUAGUUUGAUAUCCUGUCUUAAAAUUUAAAAAUAUAGAUUUCAACAAAAGCAUUGCUAAGGUACCGCCAUCAAGAACCAGGUAUUGUUAAAGUAGUAGUAUCCAGAAAUACCUCCUGGUACCCAGCCCUACUGACGCUGUUAUAUUUUAAACAUGUGUUUUUCGUUAUAUCUACCCUUUGUGUGAAAGCUCAAACCUUUCUGGUAAUGUUCUCUACUGAGUGUUUUGGCGAAAUGUAAUAAAAAAAGAUAAAUAAAUUAACAGAAGUUCAAGGAUUUCCUUUUUGCCUGUAGGGCUGGGAAAUAGGUAAUAAUUUUUUUAUAGAAGUGGUCUUGAAAAGGUCUUAAAAAGUCUUGAAUUUAACUUGAUGAAACCCGUAGGAACCCUGUAAUAGACAAGCACCUAACCUCUGGGCCAAAGCAAAUACCCAUAAAAUAAUACUUAGCUUACCUGUGUCAGGUUUCGGUUAACUACGCACUCCCUCACCAGAGAUGAGCGGUCUGUGAUCUGCCAGAUAAGAGUUGCAGUCUCACAGUAGUGCUGUCUGAGAGAAAAACAACCAAUAUCCAAAAAAUACUAUGCUGUAAGUGCAGCCCUGACAGUAAAACUGACAACAACCCAGUUUUAUCAAUUUUUUACAUUAAGGUUUAGGUUAGCACUAGCGAUUCUGCGCAUUGAUCACGGAUUGGAUGGGACCGAUUUCCCAGCAUGCCACACUCUUUGUAGAAAUGUUGAAAAUUAAACAAUAUAAAUUAAGGAGUUUUAUUUUUAUUUACAGGUAAAAUAUUAUUAAUGCAAUGCAAUAUAUAUGUAUUAAAGUUGUAGGUUAAUCAGUAAUUUUGCCGUGGUCUGUAGUAGGAGAAGCUAAUGCAGGAGAUAGGCGUAGGAGACUAAUUUCAUGUUCAGCUUGCAUGAAAAACUCAAAGUGAGCGAUUCUAAUCAGAAAUAAUCAUUAAAAUGGUUUGUCAGUGUUCCACACUUUUAAAGAAAUAUAGUUUUUAAGUUGACAGGGAGCUUAAAAGCGCCAUGACUGAAACCGGUACAGAGGGGUUUAAAUCACAGUUAUUUACUUUAUUUAUUUUGUUCUAGUACUUCUGCAGAGAGUAGAGGAGAUGGAUCAAUCCUGGAAAAAAUAAUCGCAACAGGAGUUUAACAUGGUCAGACCAAAACUGCCCACUAGAAUUAUUGGUGGUGACAAGUACCUGGCAACCCCGGUUAAAACAACGCCUAUGAACUCUGCACAUGCAUGGAGAGAACAGGAUAACUCUAUGCAGAAAGGCCACAGCUGGGAUUCGAACCUGGAACCUCCUUGCUAUGAGGAAGCAAAGCUUCUAACUGCAUCACCAUGCAGCUUCAGAUGGGAUCAGAUUGAUCUGAGGGAACAUCUGUAAUAGAUUUAAGAUCGAUGUCCGCUGUCCACACCAAAGCUCCUAUACGGAGCCUAACUGAGCCUUUCCACCGGAAGCCCAAGUCGCCAUUAUACAAGUGCUGGUCAUAAAAUUAGAAUACCACUACAAAGUUUAUUUAUUUCAGUAAUUCCAUUCUAAAGGUGAAACUUGUAUAUCAGAUUUAUUCAUGACAGACUGAUAUAUUUCAAAUGUUUAUUUCUUUAAUGUUGACGAUUAUAACUGACAAUUAAUAAAAAUCCUAAAUUCAGCAUCUCAGAACAUUAGAAUGUUAAUUAAGACCAAUGCAAAAAAAGGAAUUUUAGAAAUGUUGGCCAAAAUGAAAAGUCUGAACAUGUACAGGACUCAAUAUUUAGUUGGGGCUCCUUUGGCCUGGAUUACUGCAGCAACGCGGUGUGGCACAGAGUCCAUCAGUCUGUGGCACUGCUCAGGUGUUAUGAGAGCCCAUGUUGCUCUGAUGGUGGCCUUCAGUUCUUCUGAAUUGUUGGAUCUGCUGUAUUGCACCUUCCUCUUCACAAUACCCCAUAGAUUUUCUAUGAGAUUAAGGUCAGUCUGGCCAAUCAACAACAGGGACUCCAUGGUCCUUAAACCAGGUACUAGUAGCUUUGACACUGUGCAUAGGUACCUAAGUCCUGCUGGAAAAUGAAAUCUUCAACUCCAUAAAGUUGGUCAGCAGCAGGAAUCAUGAACUGCUAUGAAACUUCCUGGUAGAUGGUUGCGUUGACCUUUGAUCUCAGAAAACACAAUGGACCAUCAUCGGCAGAUGGCAUGGCACCCCAAACCAUCACUGACUGUGGAAACUUUACGCUGGACCUCAAGCAUCAUGGAUUCUGUGCCUCCCCUCUCUUCCUUCAGACUCUGGGACCUUGGUUUCCAAAGGAAAUGCAAAGUUUGCUUUCAUCAGAGAACGUAACUUUGGACCACUCAGCUCCAGUCCAGUCCAUUUAGUCUUUAGCCCAGGUGAGAUGCUUCUGACACUGUCUCUUGUUCAAGAGUGGCUUGACACAACAUGCUGAAACAUGUCUUGCACACGCGUGGUGGUUCUUGAAGCUCUGACUCUAGCUGCAGUCCACUCUGUGAAUUUCCCCCACAUUGUAGAAUGGAUUUUGUUUCACAAUCCUUUCCAGGGUGCAGUUAUCCCUAUUGUUGUACACUUUUUUCUACCACACCAUGUCCUUCUCUUCACCUCUCUAUUAAUGUGCUUGGACCCAGAGCUCUGUGAACAGCCAGCCUCUUUAGCAAUGACCUUUUCUGUCUUGCCCUCCUUGUGCAAAGUGUCAAUAGCCGCCUUUUGGACAGUCAGCAGUCUUCCCCAUGUUUGUGUAUCCUGCAGAACUAUACUCAGUAUGUUUACAUGCAGCCAAUAUCCGGGUUAUGAUCGGGUUAAGGUCGGGAUUCGGGUUUCUGAGUUGAUCAGAAUAACCCGUUUACAAGCAUAAAUAGAAAGAGUUACCUCUAACGUGCAUAACCCGAUUUAACUCCGGACGUUGGGGUAGCGUCAGGACGUAUGGAAUACGUCCAGACGCAAUAUGCGUCAUUUCCGGUUCUUCUUGUUCCGGUAUCCGUGAAAACGACAUGUUUCCCAGUUCGGAAGAGAUAGUGACCGCGUUUGUUUGCGCUUUAGUUUCCUCGUCACUCAAAGUGUGGUGCUGUGCCGCGACUCGCCAUUUUGCCCCCAACUUGUUGUUUACUUCCGGUGUUCUGGCGCAUACAAGACGUCUCGCUACUCAAAAGACCAUGAUUCCUUGCGAACAGAGCAUGUGCAGAACACACGCUUUGAUGGGGAUAUCCCGGUAUGCGUUUACACGACCAAACAUUCGGGUUAGAAAAGGGUUACCCCAGGUGUAGUAACCGGGUUUUUUAAAACCCGGUUAUGAGCAUAUCCGGGUUUUUGGCGGUGUUUACAAGGACCUGCGGAACCGGGUUAUUGUGAAUAUUCGGGUUUUAAAAGAGUUACUGGCUGUAUGUAAACGCACUGACUGAGAGACCAUUUAAAUGCUUUUUCAGGUGUUUUGAGUUAAUUAGCUGAUUAGAGUAUGGCACCAGGGGUCUUCAGUACUGAACAUUAUUCUAAUAAUACUGAAUUUGGUAUUUUCAUCAGUUGUCAGUUAUAAUCAUGGAAAUUAAAAUAAACAUUUGAAAUAUAUCAGUUUCACUUUUUGAAAAGAAUUACUGAAAUAAAUAAACUUUGUCAUGAUAUGCUAAUUUUAUGACCACCUGUAGUGGAUGGGUACUUCUUCACCGGCCGCAAAGCAUAACGCUUUAGAGUCGUUCUAGAAUUGUAAGGAUGCAUUCUUUUCCUUCAAGCCUAUUUUUAUGUGCUGCGCUUCCAAAGACCGCAGUUCAGGCCAGACGGAGUCGAAUACUAAAGCAGUGGGAAAAAUCUGGAAAUCUUCUAAACGCAUUUUCUGUUGUUGAUUUAGGAGGAAAAGUACAUUAUUUCCUGGGAAACCUUUGAUAAGGUAAGGCAAACGGAACAGAAAAUGAACCACAGACCUUUUUGGAUGCAUGCUGCCGUCUUUCUCCUUACUUGUUCUCCUGUGAACUUCAGAAAUCCCACGUGGUCCUGCAAUUCUCCUGUGAUAUUGUGACGUUGCUGGACUCGAUACUUGAAACGCCUUCACUGCCGUUUCAAGUCUAAGUUGCUCCCAGAGGUGAGGGAGCUCGCGAGUAAACUGUCUUUUACAUCUCCUCCGUUCCGGUUGACAUCCAACCUUCAGCUCAUGGGUCGCCCUGAACAAAUUAAAUAAGGGAACGGGGCUAUAAAAGUUAUUUUCUAAUCUGCUUUGCCCUACGCCCUGAAUCACACAUUAUACUUCAUUUUAAAUGAUAAAUAUUGUGUUUCCAUUAUUUAUUUUAUUAAUAGAAUGACAUCACAGCAAAAUCUCGUAGCUGCUAUAAACCACAUGGCUGACCCAUGGAGGUUUUCUCCACUUUUAAUGCUCUUUCUUUUAUCCUGGAAGAAGGAUGUGAAGCUUGCUGAAGUCAAAGCCGUUUUUCUUCUUCUUGUCUGGUUUGAUGACGUCAGUUUUGUGAAACGAGCAGUUGUAGUCAUCUUGUUCACACAAAACUUACUUUUGUCGCCUGUUGAAAAUAAGCUUGGCAACAAAAUGUGUCUUUAAAAUUCACAGAUAUCACACGUGAAAUCCAUGGCACGCAUCUAACAGACAUCAGGGGACCCCAUGGACCAGAAGUAGAUGGGCGUGGCUUAGUCUCCCCAUAGACUUCAGUCAUUCAUGUUCUCACAGGAAGUGAAGAAUUUAUUUAGCUCCCUGUGAAAAUCAUCAAUCAUCUCAUGUGGGACCAUCAGAGCUUCUGUUGCUCGUAGCUCAAGUUGUUCUAGUUUCCUCCCAGCAGAUGUUUGUCUGGCCUUUUUCUAGUUGGACUUCCUGUCUGACUCGUAUUUGACCCGGCUACUGUUUGUCCUUCUUUCAGAUUUGUCAUGUUUUCCUUUUUUCAUUGUAAAGUUUCACAAUUUUUUGUGUUUCUCUCAUUGAUUUUUCCUUCAUUCAAUUUAAUACUUGACCACAUUCAGAUGCCGGUUUCCCUUGUUCAGAUCGCUCCUUUAUCCUUUAUCCAGGAUGUUGUUUGUGCUUUAUUCACAUAGUUGUUCUUUCCUUUGGCUUUUGUCCUCAUAAAUAACCUUGUUGGGUUAACUGUAGCCUAACUGGACUAGAAAGUUCUGUGUCUUCUCUGCUUCACCGUUAGGUCUGCGGCAUUCCCUAAUCCUCCGGCUCUUUGUCCUGCAGCUUUUACACCAGAGCUGCUUAAUUUGCGUGAUGUAGUUUCACCUCCAAGCAUCUUUAGGAGCUGGUAAAGCAUCCCAUAAUGACCCGUCGGGCUCAUCUCAGCCCGAUUUAUGCAGCAGAUGCACAUUUCCAUCGCGCCGGACCUUUUGUGCUCCGCAUCUAAUGAGAUUAAAAAGCCAGUGCUGUGCUGUUCUACUUGUUGCCUCAACACAAGUCAACGUGGUUAAGACGCCUUAAGCGUCAUAUUAUAUCUGGACACAUAAUCACUUUGUCAGGCUUUUUGUCUCAAGGUUUAAGCUGCAUUACUGGAUUAUCAGCGCCUGCACAGAGCAUGAUCUAACUGGGAAUUAAAAGGUGUAGAAAUGAGUAAUAAAAGAAGUCUGACUUCAUCUGGUUGUGUUCAAGUGCAGCUCCAUACGCCAGCCUGCCGUCCCGGCGCUUCUUAAGCAGACGUAGUUUGGAGCCGUUUCCGGUCCUGCUCGGAUCUUUCUCUGAAACAUGAAGAUGUACGGGUGUCCUAAAGAACAAAUCUUAGAAGGAAGACUUUUUUUCCCCUCAAAUUAAUGCUCUUAAUGCUCCGGUGGACCUGUAUAAACACCAGAGGCUUACCCGAUUAAGCUUCUUUAAUGUUUCCUUGUUAUUUUAUUUUCAGAGUAAGUAAAGACUCGAAUAACCAAACAGCUCUGGCUGAGAGAAACCGAAACGUUUCAGUCAAACUUCGGUACUAAUUUAAGCGUUUCCUAAACCAGAGGAGGGCUGUGUGAAGUGAUGUCAUCGACAUGAAGACUGAAGUUCAGGUUGAAGUUGAGUUUGUGGACUUUUUCAGGCUGUUUGUGCCGUUUUUAACCGACGCUGUGGAAAACCCUGCUGUGACCAGCUGCUGGGAACUUGCAACCAAACAACCACGAGCUCCAACACAAACACACGAUGUUCAGGAUUUGGGCUUCUAGUUUUAGUUGGACCUGCUUGUGUUUCUUGAAUUCAGGUCAGAGUGGGAAAAUGAGUUUUUAACCGUUUUAACUGCUGUUUUUAACUUUGGUCCCAAAGAUGUUUGACGUUUGAGUCAUUUUUACCGAACGUUUUCUUCCUCUGAGCUUCCCGAUGGACGAUGGGGUGUGUGUGUGUGUGUGUGUGUGUGCGUGUGUGUGCAUGCGCGCUGCUUUCUGCAGUAUUAGCUAUAAUCUAAAGUAAUUAGUAACGGUCUUCCAGUCUGAAGCUUCACCUUUUUGCCUUUAGCUGCUCUCAGCCUGACUCUGGUCACACGUCCUGGCCAUAAGGCUUAUCCCCUCAUUAUUGAACAGGAAGCCUGAUCAAUAUGGCUGAAGAUCGCUUCAGUCCAAGCUAAUAAGCAUAUUAUCUGAAGCAGCCUAUGCAACAUGUUCCACCGCUAACGUCCACAGACCAAUGGGAGAUUCAUUUGGCCACAGCAGUGAGCUUUGAACGUGCUUGUCUCGGGUCAGUUGGGUCAUAUUUUCUUUGUGCGCCACCCUGCAGAAUCACCUUAGCGAUGCAUUAGGUGGUGAUGUUGAUGAAACUCCUGAAUCUUUGUGAUUCUUUGAUAUUUGAAGUUUUUAGACCUUUUUUGUUCCCCUUCCUGCUGUCCCGGAGGCGCCGUCCUCUCCUGUGGGCCGGUACUUACUGUAGGUGCGACACACACAGAUCCUAAUCUGUGACAUGGCCAGUGGAAGUGGCACAUCAAGGAUUUGCGGAGUGUCAGAUUAGAGCCCUUCGUCGUCAUAAAUCUCUGCUUCCCAAUUCGGCCGGGUGGUGGCGGGUGGGGCCGUUGCUAGGUGUAGUCUGUAGUCUGUGGAUUUGCUGGAUAAAAGGUUUAUGCUUCUAGUGGAGCUUCUAGAAGUUUUUUUCCCCUUUCUGAGAGGAAAUAAAUGUUUUAUUUAUCUUGAGAACCAGGCUAAAGACCUUUCUAUCUACGUUUUUGUAGUUUGCUGACUUUUUUUAUGUGUUGCCGCGGCUCUUCAUGAUGAACUUCUGCAUACCUGACAUGUAUGAAGUGCCCCACCCUGGGGUUGGAGGCUACAGCGUUCCGGGCGGUGGGGAUCAUUGCAUGUAUCCCGGAGAGGGGCCCGGCUACUAUGAACCCCAGCCUCUGCACCACCCGCCCUGCAUGGAGCAGGCUUGGCCCCCCAGCCAGCACUACUCCUGCUCAUACGCUGCUGGUCCGUCCUCCUUUAAGACAGAGUUCUGCAACAUGGAGGUUCCUCUCAGUCACUUCCAUCAUCAGCCAGAGUUCUUCCCUGAAAUCAAACCGGACUUUUCCCACCUGCAGUGGAUGCACGGAGCCCACAGGAAAGGGUACAUUCCCAGUUACCUGGACAAGGAUGAGCUGUGUGUAGUCUGUGGGGACAAAGCCACCGGUUAUCACUAUCGCUGCAUCACCUGUGAGGGUUGUAAGGGAUUCUUCAGAAGGACGAUCCAGAAAAAUCUCAACCCCACCUACGCCUGUAAGUAUGAAGGGAAAUGCGUCAUCGACAAAGUGACUCGAAACCAGUGCCAAGAAUGUCGCUUCAAGAAGUGCAUAGCAGUGGGAAUGGCUACGGACCUGGUGUUGGACGACAGCAAGCGGCUGGCCAAGCGGAAGCUGAUUGAGGAGAACCGCGAGCGCCGUCGGAAGGAGGAGCUUCAGAAGACGGCGUGGGACCGACUGGAGCCCACCCAGGAGGAGUGGGACCUGAUCCGGCUGGUGACCGAGGCCCACAUGGCUACCAACGCACAGGGAAACCACUGGAAGCAGAAGAGAAAAUUCCUGGUCGAGGAAGCAAUGCUUCUUAAUGAAAUAACAUGUAAUUUAUUCUAUACUUCUGACCAGAGUGCAGCAGGGGUGAAGGACACUAAGCCAGAGGAUUUUGGUCAAGGCUCGGUGGGCAAUGCGCUGGAAGAGAACAAGGUGGAUAUCGAAGCCUUUAGUCAGUUUACAAAAAUUAUCACCCCCGCCAUAACUCGAGUGGUGGACUUUGCCAAAAAGCUGCCUAUGUUCUGUGAGCUGCCUUGUGAAGACCAGAUCAUCCUGUUGAAAGGCUGCUGCAUGGAGAUCAUGUCUCUGAGAGCCGCCGUGCGCUACGACCCAGAGAGCGAAACCCUCACACUCAACGGUGAAAUGGCCGUCACUCGUGGUCAGCUUAAAAAUGGAGGCCUGGGUGUGGUUUCGGAUGCUAUUUUUGACCUGGGCAUUUCGCUGGCCUCAUUUGACUUGGAUGACUCGGAGGUGGCUCUUCUACAGGCCGUCAUCCUGCUCUCAUCCGAUCGCCCGGGCCUGACCAGCGUGGAUCGGAUUGAGCGCUGCCAGGAGGAGUUUCUUCUGGCUUUUGAACAUUACAUCAACUCCCGAAAGCACAAAGUGGCCCACUUCUGGCCCAAGCUGCUGAUGAAGGUGACGGACCUGCGGAUGAUCGGCGCCUGCCACGCUAGCCGCUUCCUGCACAUGAAAGUGGAGUGUCCCACCGAGCUGUUCCCUCCGCUCUUCCUGGAGGUUUUUGAGGACUGACCAACAGACUUGUGUGUGUGUGUGUGUGCGUGCGUGCGUGCGUGUGUGUGUGUGCACGAACCCUCUGUGCCCUGGUGGUCUCGGGCAGAACCAGCAGAAGGCCCGUCUCAAUGAACUCUGAUACUACUGCGUGUCACUUCAUUCCAUAGUUUAGGAAGAACUGUGGUCUAGCUGUGGGUGGAACCAUUCCUCACAUUGCGGGUACAUGUGAAUAGCCUUUUACUGGUUUACUUUCAUUGUUGGGAACCAUGGAAACCUAUUUUUCUUCCUUUUGUUUAACCGGCUCAGCAGCUGCUCGCAGUGAGAAGCCCGUUUCCGUACCUGCUCCACUCGCCGAACCCACCUGCCCACCUUGCAGCAGCCCACCAUGUUCUGGAACCAUCUGAAGCAUUAGACAUUCACUGGCUGUCACCGAGCAGCCUCCCGGGGUAAAUGCUAGCUAACAAACAAGCAGCAGGGCCGUCUUCACUGGUCUGAACACAACGUUGCUCCGUGGUCAUUACCAGGACUGUGCAGCAAGAGGAACGUUUGUCAGUAUCAAAAUAUCAGUGUGUGCAGUAUCCCUGAGUAUUCCCGUAAACUUCUGAAGCAAGCUGCAUGAGAAGAUGUUCUCCCCUAAAAACCCACAUCAGAACCGGAACCGCUGGUGAUUACACACCUCGUAGUUUCUAAUCAGAUUUGUUGAUAUAAUAUUGUAAAUAACUUGAAUUAUUUCAGAGCAGAACGUGAACAUAAAGGACCGUCUGUUGGUCUGCAUCAGUUUAGCGACCCAGCCCAGUGGGACUGCUGGAAGGGAAGAAAUAACCGUGUUAUCUGCAGAGAGACAGAUAUUUUUAAUGCUUCUAAUCAAAUGUUCAACUUUGGAAGAGCUGAAAACGACGUCCGAUGAAUGUAAAGAGCUUGGAGAAGUCGGAAACGUGCAAGAAAAUAACCGGGCUUCACUUCUGGGAUGUUUGGAAGCUUCUAGCCGUCUCCUGUAGUUGGUUGUGACGAGCAGAGCGCACCUGUCAUCGGAUCGGUGUGACAGCAGAUGAAAGGAAAUGCAGGACAGGAACGGCAAACGUGACCGUAGCUGGAUCUGAGGCACAUUUCAAAAAGUAUUUUAACUUUAUUUUUUCAUGAUUUUCCUUUUUUGUAGAAAAAAUGAUCCCAACUAGUUUCUUCUGAUCAUUUAUGAUGAUGGUGCCUCAGGCUGACCUCAAAUCGCAGCUUUGGGGAGUCUCAUCGGUCAACUUUUAAACUCAAGAUGGCUGCCUCGCGUACAUCCUCACCAGACCGGUUCGGUCCGGUUGGGUCUAUAAACCCACGGUGCAUGGCUCCUCCUGGUGAGGUCACUCCUCUGUGCCUCAGAUUGAACUUUGACCUGUUUUAGUUUGACCAUAAAACUAGUUUAAAUAGUGACGUGUGACACCACCCCCCCACCCCGGCCCCGGGUCAGCGCCUCCUUUUGAUGGUUUAUUUAAGAAACCAUGUAAAACACAGACAGCCAUAACAUUAUGACCACCUUACUAGAGCAUUUGGACUCGUGCAUGUUUGGUCUCCGCAGGUCAUCGUGUCUGCUUUAGACAGGACAGCAUCAGCAGCUCUGCCUCCUCCCUAACCGUUUGAGCGGGAUUACAUCACUUCCUUCUCCAACAAUAACUAAAAGCCUUCUCUGGAGGGGAAUUAAGAUUAUUAUAUCCAUCCAGAUUAAACCAGUCAGGUCGCUUCAGGGUAAUUCAUGUGGUUUGACAGACGAGGAUGUAAACACCAAAUCUAAUAAAAACAAUAGUCUUCAUAUUAUUAUACAGCAGCUGGAUGUGUGACUGAGGAAAAGGUUGAGCUCAUCAGAUUUAGACAGAAACCCCGGUUCUCAGAGGACUUCUGCGUUUUUUUUCUUUUGAAAUUCUUUCAUUUUAUUAUUUGUGAUAAAUUUCUUCACUACAAUCAUCAUCCUCCUAUACUUUAAUAUUUCAUCCCUAAAUUCUUCCUGAACAACGAGACCAGCCUUCACAUGCCUAUGACCUCACCAGCUUCCGUCCGUGGACCACUUUAGACCGGGCUUCAUUAUGGAGCUGCUCCGACCUGACCACCACACAUUCAAUUCAAUUCAAUUCAAAAAUACUUUAUUAAUCCCAGAGGGAAAUUGAUUGCUGUAGUAGCUCAGAAUAAUAAUAAUAAUCAAGUCAUCAAAGAGUUAUUGUAUAUUACAAUGGCUGUUGGCAGGAAGGAUCUCCAGUAGCGGUCAGUGUUGCAGCCAAACUGAAGAAGCCUCUGACUGAAGACACUCCUCUGUUGUCGGACAGUCUUGUGAAGAGGAUGCUCAGGGUUGUCCAUCAUUUUCUUGAUUCUCUGGAGAAUCCUUCUUUGCAUUAUCUCCUCCAGUGGUUCCACAGUCGUCUCCAGAACAGAACCAGCCUUUUUUAUUAGGCUGUUGAGCCUUUUCAGGUCCCUGCUUCUGAUGCUGCUACCCCAACAGACGAUGGCUGAAGAGAUUACACUCUCAACAACAGACUUGUAGAAGAUCUGCAGCAUCUUGCUACAGACACUGAAGGACCUAAGCGUCCUCAAGAAGUGCAGUCUGCUGUGUCCCUUCUUGUAAACGGCUUCGCUGUUCUUUCUCCAGUCCAGUCUGUUGUCCAGGUGAACUCCAAGGUAUUUGUAUUCCUCAACCACCUCCACUUCUUCUCCCAUGAUGGAAACAGUGUUUGACUCCACCCUGUUUCUUCUGAAGUUCAAAAUCAUCUCCUUUGUUUUGUUCACGUUCAAGCUCAUGGAAACUUAACAGAAAAGGGUUGACUCGGGCAGCGGUCAUAACGUUGCGGCUGAUUGAUGUAUUCAUCCAUAUCAUGUUUCCCAGAGGGUCAGCUGACUGGGAAGGCUGUGGUUCAUCAUGUUGACUAUGUAAACAAAAAACAGCUGAUCAGUUCAAGUUUCACACAAAACCUAAAACAUCUUUUUGGUUUCAUUUGUGUGAACUGGUGACUUUAAUGAAAGCAAUACACACACUGGACCUCAGACACACACACACACACACACACACACACCUGUAACAUCAUUAACCCAAUGGUGACACUUUGCAAUAAGGGUCCCUUUAUUAAUGUUCCUGAUGUUGACUUUUAAGUGUCCUUAAUACUUAAAUUUUAACAUUAAUAUUAACCAGUUAAGACUUUAUUUAAUAGUUUAUUAAUGCUUAAUAAUGUACUAAGUGACGUUAAUAAAGAGAUCUUUGUUGUAAAGUGUUACCAACACACCUAACACACACACACACACACACUUCAAACAGACACACACCAGACUGCACAGACAAUCAGAGAGAGAGGAGCUGAAUGAGAACAGCCCUGAGUUCAGGUGACCCAGUUAGACCAGUGGGUCAGAACCAGUCAGCGCUUCGAUCAUGUUUCCAUCCACCUGCUGUUGCUCUGAGAUGUUCUGGUACCCUUUCCAUCGCUGACCCAAACCUGUGUGGCUGUUAGGAUCCAAACUAAACUCGUUUUACUCACCAUGUGGGGACACAGCACAACUUGCCUGCUGCUGUUUAAAAUCAGCAUUUUUUUUUUUACUUUUGAUUCAUUCGUGUAUUUAAAGAUAUUUUAGUUUAGGUUCUGGUAAAAGAACCACAGAACCCCAGCAGUCGGGUCAGAAGGUCAUCAGUAUGUAGCACAGCUUACAGCAGCAUUUCAGGGAUUCCAGCUCCUUCUGGGAACCUUUGUUUUCAUAUCAAAUGUGAAAUAUUAGCACAAAUAAUAAGGAAGUGUGUGUUUGGUUGAUUUUUUUUAAUUUUUUGUAAUGAUGCUUCUCAGUAAUAAACCUGAUAUCAUUAGCACAUGUGAGCUGGUUCUGGUAGAACCUCCAGGCCUGCCUGGGUCAGAGGGGUCAACCAUGGACGUAAUUUUGGGGGGGGACAGGGGGGACAUGUCCCCCCUCCACUUUUUCCGAAGUCAAGUUUUGACCCCUGCACUUUUUACCAUCCAAAAACAAUAUUACGCUAUAUUAAAUUGACACUGGUUGAGCUCUAGGACCAAGCAGAAAACAACCGUUUAUGUUGAAGCCUGUUUCCCAUUAGAGCAUACUGUAAAGACACCCAACACCCCCCCCCCCCCCGUGUCCCCCCCACUUCUAAAGUGAAAAUUAUGUCCAUGGGGUCAACUCUCCAGAGGUCUGUGAGGGGAUCGGUUCUGGAUUUACCACAGAGCCGGUCCAGGACUUCCAACACACACGCUUCAAAGAACCUCUAUAUAAAUGACUCUAGCGCCACCUUCCUGUCAAAUUAAUUCGCCUGAGUCACCGUUUUACCAACAACAGCAAAAAGAACGAGGCUUUUGAUGUAGUUUAUGAUGAUCCCAGCUGAACUUCCGGGCAGGUGUUUGACGCUCGUGUUCGUUCACAAAGCAUUAUGGGUAAUGUUCAGCAGUGGCUGCUUUUGACCCUCGUAGUGUAAUCACCGACGACGCUUUUCAUCUGAUUACAUAUUAAAUGUUGGUGCGUGCAAACAUGGCGGGUUCUGAUUGGUGGAGCGGGUUCUCCUGAACUGGGCGGUUUGCUUCUCUCUCUCCCACCAGACGUUACUCAGUUACAAACCAGUAAAUAACCAGACCUGCACCAGAAAAGCUUUUUUUACAGCACUAAGGAAACAGGAUGGAUAUUUUCAGAUUGCUGAUUAUUUUUUACAAACGGCUGCGUUAAAAGAACAUGUUGAUGUUGCAGAACAUUAAGAGAUAAAGUUUUUUUUUCUUUCAAAUGGAAUCAAAAGAAAGUGACUGAACUGUUCACCCUGUAGCUGGUCUUCACCGUUAGUAACGUCUCAGUCAGGAGGAAGCUGCAGACUCCUGACCUCAUGUUCUUGUAUAAUCCACCUUUUCUACACAAACCGGGUACCCGACUGAUCCUUCUACUGGACAUCCAGUCUGCUGCCACUGCAGCUAAUGUGAACGAGCUCUUAAUAAACAUGGUUUGGAGAGUUU